AUGGAAACGAGGAAUAUUACGGGUGAAUCUGUUUCAAGACCGAACCAACAAAGGACUAGAACUGAACACCCACACCGCUCAAAAAGAAGGCGUUCUUCUUCCAUCAAGGUUGCUUCCAAAGUAGUCUUAAAGACUUCAACAUAUCCCAACAAGCGGAAUGUUGCGUAUGGUACUAUUCGGAGUACUGAUCCAAGAACUAAGGCUGGUGGUAUUGAGUUAGGUGCUGAAUUUGCUCUUGUGCGCAUAGACGAACCUAUUCUUGAUAAUGAGGAGUUGGUAAGGGAAGUUUCUGAUUGCAAGACAAUUGGCGAGGCUUUCACUUCAGGAUACUUAGUUGCCUGGCCUUCAGCUUUUAUUCGAGAGAAGGAUGGUUGAUUUGCAGCUGAAUUCUUGGAUCAAGAAGCAAAUAAAAUUUGAAGAUUUGAGCUACCAAUAGUUGUAGUUUACAUUGAUAGAUUUAAAAGUGUAAUAUCAUCCAGAAGAUCUUUUUCUUUCAUCGAAUUGAUGCAAAUGCGACAGUGUAAUAUUCCCCAUAGUUGUGUUUUCUAU